GGCGCGAACCCAACCUCCUGCGACCACUAUUGGUGAAUUUCCCCACACUAUCUCCUGAAAAAUCUCUAUCUGGUCUUCGUAUCCUUCGCCCUAGAAGCCAACAUACAGAUCUUAAACCCCAUGCAGGACCUGUUUCCCUCUCGCUCCUUCUGGGUUAUGUGGUCGUUGAUCCUCAAGAAGGUCUUCCUUUCGUUCAGAACCCUCAGCCAUGCCAGAGAAGCCCGCCGGGAACGUUGGCGAGCCCAAAUUCGCGUAGUGACCCUCUCCGCCACCGCGCGACUGGAAGGAUAGCUAACGGGGCAAUAGCGAUUAGGGCCCUAUGGUCUCCCAAAGUUCUUCUACCCGGCCCUCCUUCCCCUGAACCAAACCCUCACCAUUCUCGAAACCAACGUGCUCUGCGCUAGCGAGCACGACGCAAUGAAGUACCGCAAACGCCGUAUGGCAGAGUGCAACACGACCGGCCUCACCGCCGCACUUGUCGCGCAGGUGACAAUCACCACGAUGCAGCUGGAGUAUAUCCCUACCAUACACUGGACCGUACCAGCGCUACUCACAAGCACUCUCGUGUUCGCCCUGUUAUCCGUGUACUAUUCCUUCCUGCUAUACCAAUACUUGGAUGGGUUCUUGUCUGCAGAGGAUAUGAAGAAGGCCUUCUCACACCGAGGCAUCCUGCCGUUCCUUAUCGUGGAUGAAGGUGAGACACUACCAAGCCUUACGGCCGCGAUAAAGCUCUGGGCGCCGACGUAUCUGCUCGGGCUGGCUAUUUCGUGCUAUAUCGCAACCAUAGGCGUGUAUUGGGGUGUUGCUUGGGGUAUGAACUUGCAGGAGAGGGGCGUGGGUAGCCGGAAUGUCAGUCCAGAUCUUUUCAUAUACCGGCAAUACUUACCGGUACUUGAGUAUUUCGGGCUAAUGAUGUAUUGUGCAGGUCUUUAUAGUCUUCCUCAUAACAGCGUCACUGUCGAUAUGUUUGUUCGCAGUACCCAACACUCUCGGGAAAAUAGAGGAAGACAUUGUCGAUUAUCGGGAGAAGCGUGAACUGAAUUCCCAGUUCACAAACCACGACCACGACAUAGCUAGCUCUCUAGCCCUGGUCCCCGUCACUGGGGGCGAAGGGGGUAAUGGGUCAACGGAGACAUCCAAUACUAGUUCAAGUUUGUUGGCCUCGAUUUGUUACUUCAGAUCCUGCGUGACGCGACUAACCUCAAAGUAGCAGUGCGGGGGCCGCGCACAGCAAUGGCAGUGGACGUGGAGACAAGGAGUGAUGUGAAUACGUACGAGGGAGGCGAUACGAGUAGUCGUUGACUAAUGGAAGCGGACUCGAUAUAAGUAAGCGGGAGUGGUUAAUGCCGGGCUGCAAUGGCAACAAGAAAGGAAGUAAUUUACGGUACUCGGGUACAUUACGGUAAUGCAGAUAACGUACUGUAUUGGGCUGCCAGUGGGAAGCGGGUCAGACGGAGAUUAAAAAAAAAUGCACCAAAAAUGUCGAAAUCCGGAAAUCCCGACCAAUGUUCUAAUAGUAGAAGGAGGAAAUUCAGUACAGUACGGGUAGGAGUCGGACACAGCGUCUUGGAUCCUCUACUUUUUAUGCCGCAUUUGGGGUUUUAUUCUAGUGAGGGGCUGGCAGCGAGUUUCCGGGGAGGGAUCGCAAAAAAUAAUUCACCCCUUCCGAUUAGCUCUGAUAUCAUAAUAUUAAAAAAAGAAAAUAUAAAAUUAAAGUGACUCGACAAA